GCAAGACCAGUUGAGCAAUGACUCUUGCCUGGUCAGUCUUUCCUUGUUGAGCGCGGGGGGCACAUUGGUUAACAACAGCCUUUGGAAGAAGAACUUAUGACUGAAGCAUUCAUAAGGUUGGGAACUGUUUCUCCGUAGAAAACCUAGAAUGUACAUAAAAUCGUGGAUUGGCGAGGCAAACAACCGUUAAACACCGAACUCCUGAGACACUGAUUGUGUAGGAGCGUCGUCUUGAACGCCGCUGAAGGCUCUAAGCGUCAACCUCUCCAGGCGUUCGGCACCAAUACAUCUGCCAGCUAUAGGACGGUACACGAAACAAACGGCUUAUGUUACUUAGGACACAUUUUAUAAGCAGUGAGCACCUAAUAUCAAUGUAGCACAUGGAUAUGGUGUGGACUGAUAGGGGCAGUUAAAAUUAAUGGGACUUGGUCCAAAAGUGCUACCGUUCAAUUGCGACGGCUGGAACUAGGGCAGUGAAUGUGCCCAAUCGGCUACGCAUGGAUUUGUCAAUAGAAAGACGACCAACCAACGUAUCCUUUUGUUGUGGUGGAUAAAUUGUUCCACAUUGUAGCUAAAAAUUGAAUAUUUUAUUUCAACAAUAAAAAAUACCAACAUUUAUGAGAAUUCAGAGGAGGUAUUUUAACUGGAUCCAAGUGCGUCUAACUCGGGAAUCCUGUCGACUACGGAUUUGAUUAAUCGCUUUCAAAGACAUCCCUCUGCUCUCCAAAAUCGGGACAAGAUGCCGUUCCACCAUGUGACGGCAGGACUGCUGUACAAGGGGAACUACCUGAGUCACUCUCUAUCUGAGGACAAUGACAGUGACCAGCUAGCCAGCAUCUCUGUGGAGGAGCUAGAUGAGAUCCGGGAGGCAUUCAGAGUGCUGGACCGGGAUGGGAACGGGUUCAUCUCCAAGCAGGAGCUGGGUAUGGCCAUGAGGUCCCUGGGAUACAUGCCCAGUGAGGUGGAGCUGGCCAUCAUCAUGCAGAGACUAGACAUGGAUGGAGAUGGGCAGGUGGACUUCGAUGAGUUCAUGACGAUCCUAGGACCCAAGCUCCUGUCGUCUGAAACCAGGGAGGGCUUCCUUGGGAGCACGAUAGACAGCAUAUUCUGGCAGUUCGACAUGCAGCGUAUCACCCUUGAGGAGCUGAAACACAUCCUGUUCCACGCCUUCAGAGACCACCUGACCAUGAAGGACAUCGAGAACAUCAUCAUCAACGAGGAGGAGAGCCUCAACGAGAACUCGGGACACUGUCAGGCAGACUUUGAAGGAAUCCAUUCUAAAAAUAAGAACCGGCAGACGUGCGUGAGGAAGAGUCUGAUCUGCGCUUUCGCCAUGGCCUUCAUCAUCAGUGUCAUGCUCAUCGCAGCCAAUCAAAUGCUGCGGAACGGCCUGGAGUAGCCAUGCCCGGCCACGCCCACUGUGAGCGGGAAAAACAAACCUGCAUGUGCAUGAUGACAGUGGGUGAGGUCAUUUCCAGUUUCUUUAGAAGAAAAAAAACUACUUCAAAAAUGCCUCACUGAUGGUGACAUACAAACAAAAACACUGACUGAUAAACCACCAGAUUUUUCUGGGUGAAUGACAGUCCGACAUCCAACGACACUGAGAAGCCAGCAUGAGGAGUCCAGCGAGACCCCUCAUAACCCCUUUACUCUGGCAGGGACAUUCAAGGGCUGACUUUCGCUUACUCUGCUGUCUCUGUUCCCUAAUGCAAUAAAAACACAAGUACAGGAGUUCAGUACUCUUCUUCUCUUCCCUUCCCUACCCAGAGUCUUCAUAUGAAGGUACUUCAGAAGGCAAUUUUAACUUCUUGCCUCAGAAGGCAGAAUUCAUGGUGGAUUGAGACAGGCCCUCAGUGUAUCUGUAUAAGGCAGCAUCCUUGUGGAUUGAGACAUAUCCUCAAUUGUAUCUGUGUGAGAGAGAUUGGAGUUAGGAAUGCCUCCUGCGCUGCAGCCUGAUGAGCCUGAAGAGCUACGGGAUGCACCGCUGCAAUCUGGCUAUGCACACAUGCACUUAUGCAUGCACUAACACACACACGCACACACACACGCACGCACGCACGCACACACGCACUUAUGCAUGCACUAACACACACACGCACAGACACACACGCACACGCACACACACACACACACACACACACACACACACACACACACACACACACACACACACACACACACACACACACACACACACACACACUGAAUUAAUUGGCCUGUUAUUCUAGUUUCCUGAGGGUAGGUGGAAGCCAGCUCAUCAUUGGAGCAUACAGUAAGGCUUUGGAUGUGACAGGCAUGAUGGUGUCGUCUGCUGUAGGGCUGGUGUUUAAGCUGUUCUAGAAGCUUUCAUCCGGAGUUAAGGAGUGAAAUCGGUUGGUAUUCUUGUGGCCAAUAUUUUCCCAAUAUGUAAAAUUGACACCUCACUCUUACUUUCUCUGUGGAAGGUUUUCCAGUGCUAAACAGAACAGUGUUUGGAAGACCAUAGCUGUGAAAAGUCUGGGCUGUAAUUUACCUAUGAUCUAAUUCCUCUUGAAGUAGGUAGGUCUGAACUCCUGUAUUGUAUUGACUCUCAUGGUAAUAUUGAAACCACCUUCAGUUUUGCUGAGGACUGCUUGUAAUAGCUACAGUACUGCAUGCGAUCAAGUCCAACGUCGAUAUGUAAAUAUGUAUGUAACCCAUGUUGUUGUUGUCUAAGUGUAUUGGUUGACAGUGUUCUAUGUGCAUGAUUGUUGGUACAGUCUGCUCUAGCAGAUUUAGAGGUGGAGGGAAGGAGAGAGCACUGUGAAACCAGAUGCUAAUGCCUUCCACAUCACAAUAGACAGGCAGGUAGACAGACAGACACAGCUCUCUGGUCAAAGCCAUAGAACCUAAUAGAGAUGUACUGAAUGAAGAACACUAAACGGUUGUUGUUUUCUGUUACAAAUGUGUAUUUUUGGUAGGAACAGUCCAUAAUUUGUCGGUUCCUUCACCCACCCUUUUGCACUGUAUAAUAAGUCCCAUCUAUCCCCAUGAGCAGAGAGGAGAGUAGAAUCACAGACUGGUGCAAGAGCCCCAUCUAGAGGUUGGCUCCAGAAUUCUGAUAUUUUUGUAACAAUUUGUGUGCUCUCCUAACCAGGGUGUUAGUGCAGCCUGCAAACACUUUUUUUCACCUUUAUUUAACCAGGUAGGCCAGUUGAGAGCAAGUUCUCAUUUACAACUGCGACCUGUCCAAUAUAAAAAACAAAGCAGUGCGACACAAACAACAACACAGAGUUACACAUGGAAUAAACAAGUGUACAGUCAAUAACACAAUAGAAAAAAAGAAAGUCUAUAUACAGUGUGUGCAAAUGGCAUGAGGUAAGGCAAUAAAUAGGCCAUAGUAGCGAAGUAAUUACAAUUUUGCAAAUUAACACUGGAGUGAUAGAUGUGCAGAUGAUGAUGUGCAAGUAGAAAUACUGGUGUGCAAAAGAGCAGAAAAGUAAAUAAAAACAAUAUGGGGAUGAGGUAGGUAGAUUGGAUGGGCUAUUUACAGAUGGGCUUUGUACAGCUGUACAAUCUGUUAGCUGCUCAGAUAGCUGAUGUUUAAAGUUAGUGAGGGAAAUAUAGAGCCUAAUAUACCCUGAGCCGAGAGUUAGCAGGCCGCACUAACGCCAGGGACCAGAGCUAGUGCUCUGCCAACAUGGUGUCGCUCUGCAUACUGUAGUGCUCUCAUUUAUUACACGAAAGUUAUGCGGAAAUGUUAGCUGAAUUAUCCAUCCCUUGUAUUCAGAUGUAUAAUCAUCAGAACGUGAAAUGUUGAAGUAUAAUAUUAUGAUUCUUAUCUAUCUUAUCUGUAUUGAACGUUUUAUGAAAUGGUGAAUGUUCUACCAAAAUAAAUGUUGGUUCGAUUAACUGCACUGUUUGUGGAACAUACCGUUGAAGUCGGAAGUUCACAUACACUUAGGUUGGAGUCAUUAAAAUUCGUAUUUCAACCACCCCACAAAUGUCUUGUUAACAAACUAUAGUUUUGGCAAGUCUUUUAGGACAUCUACUUUGUGCAUGACAAGUAAUUCUUCUAACAAUUGUUUACAGACAGAUUAUUUCACUUAUAAUUCACUGUAUCACAAUUCCAGUGGGUCAGAAAUGUACAUACACUAAAUUGACUGUGCCUUUAAACAGCUUGGAAAAUUCCAGAAAAUGUUGUCAUGGCUUUAGAAGCUUCUGAUAGGCUAAUUAGCAUAAUUUGAGUGAAUAGGAGGUGUAGCUGUAGAUGUAUUUCAAGGCCUACAUUCAAACUCAGUUCCUCUUUGCUUGACAUCAUGGGAAAAACAAAAUAAAUCAGCCAAGACCUCAGAAAAAAUUGUAACCCUCCACAAGUCUGGUUCAUCCUUGGGAGCAAUUUCCAAACUCCUGAAGGUACCAUCUGUACAAACAAUAGUACGCAAAUAUAAACACCAUGGGACUGCGCAGCCUUCAUACCACUGAGGAAGGAGACGCGUUCUGUCUCCUACAGAUGAACGUACUUUGGUGUGAAAAGUGCAAAUCAAUCCCAGAACAACAACAAAGGACCUUGUGAAGAUGCUGGAGGAAACAGGUACAACAGUAUCCAUUGUUACGAUAAACUACGAGUGGUGGGUGGAAUCAGGUGCAGAGAGCAGGGUUCAGUCGUUUGUCAAUUUUAUUCACCGGCGCAACAAAACUGGUCACGCCAACACACAGGGCGUGUACAAUUUCUCAGUCCAAACAACAGGACAAAAUAGUCCGGAGAAUAAAGACAUGAACAAAAUAACACCAUCCAAACAGAGUAACAAGAAACAAGCCCGCACAAAUACCCAGUGGGCCGAGUGCCCUUAAAUAGCCUACAAACAAACCCUAACACAAAACAGGUGUACCCAAUUACCCAAUAACCAAAACAAACGGAAAGGGAAUCGAUGGCAGCUAAUAGGCCGGCGACGACGACCGCCGAGCACCGCCCAAAGAGGAGGAGGCACCAUCUUCGGCGAGGUUCGUGACAGUA